UCGCCUUCGGCUUCUGCCUGUCGCCCCAAGAUGGCGGACACAAUGAGCCGGCCCCGCGCCGGUUGGCCCUAAGGCGAUCGUGAGAAGAAACGGUCUGCAAAGCCCCGCAGUCCGGAUAGGAGAGUAUUGCACGAGCAGGAGGAGAAGACGGCCCGACUGUCGGCUGUCCUCUAAUUCGUCGCAGGCGCGGCGCCCGCUCCGCCCGGGUUGGCCCCUCGUCAGUCAGCCCGCCCGCCCGCCAGCCAGCCAGCCAGCUCCCCGUCGGGCCCCGCCCCGGCCCUGCACCGCCGCCUCCAGCCGCCGCCGCCAUGAAGCUGACCGACAGCGUGCUGCGGAGCUUCCGCGUCGCCAAGGUGUUCCGCGAGAACUCGGACAAGAUAAACUGUUUCGACUUCAGCCCUAAUGGCGAGACGGUCAUUUCGAGCAGCGACGACGACUCCAUCGUGCUCUAUGACUGCCAGGAGGGCAAACCAAAGAGAACCCUGUACAGUAAGAAAUAUGGCGUGGACCUCAUCAGAUACACACAUGCAGCAAACACAGUGGUUUACAGCUCUAACAAAAUAGACGAUACUAUUCGUUACCUGUCUUUGCAUGACAACAAAUACAUCAGAUAUUUUCCUGGACAUAGCAAAAGGGUGGUGGCCUUGUCCAUGUCACCUGUGGAUGACACAUUCAUUUCUGGGUCUCUUGAUAAGACCAUUCGACUCUGGGAUCUCCGGUCUCCUAACUGCCAGGGCCUCAUGCAUCUACAGGGCAAGCCAGUUUGUUCUUUUGAUCCAGAAGGGUUAAUUUUUGCUGCAGGUGUCAAUUCUGAAAUGGUCAAACUUUAUGACCUUCGAUCUUUUGAUAAGGGGCCUUUUGCAACCUUUAAGAUGCAGUAUGAUCGGACUUGUGAGUGGACAGGGCUGAAAUUCAGCAAUGAUGGCAAGCUCAUCCUCAUUUCUACCAACGGCAGCUUUAUCCGCCUCAUCGAUGCAUUCAAGGGAGUGGUGAUGCAUACAUUUGGGGGUUAUGCCAACAGCAAAGCUGUCACACUGGAGGCCUCAUUUACUCCAGACUCCCAAUUUAUCAUGAUUGGUUCAGAGGAUGGCAAGAUCCAUGUUUGGAAUGGAGAGAGUGGUAUAAAAGUGGCAGUGUUGGAUGGCAAACACACAGGUCCCAUCACCUGUUUGCAGUUCAAUCCCAAGUUCAUGACCUUUGCCAGUGCAUGUUCCAACAUGGCCUUCUGGCUGCCCACCAUUGAUGACUGACCUCAGUGCUGCUCAGCUGUGUCUGUGUACACUGAGGGCGGCCAGCCAGACAGACUCAGAGAGGCUGAAAUAAUAGUGGGAUUGGAUCAUUUGACUGAGCUAGAGAGCAUCCUUUCACAUGGCCUUCCCAAGGAUAUUGCUGUACAUCUGCUCAAAAGAAAAAAAUUCCUUUGCCAUGCUUCUUCAAAAGGACUCUUGGUGCGGCAGACUCGAUUGGGACUCGGAUUUUCCACUGUUACUGCACUGAGCUCUUCCAGAGGAGUGAGACCAGGCUCCUGAUUAGAGUAUAGUGGGGCCUUCAAAACGCCUUCAAUUCUGAAUGUAUUUGCUGCUGAGGAGCCAGUGAAGUUGUUAAUUCUGCACAUCCCUUCUCCCACCCCCAUAAAUGCAUGGGAAUCUGCAGUUCUGGUUUUGAGAUGCUAGGGUAGCUCAGUGCACCUUGCCCUCACCCUGCAUGUCUUUGUUACUGGGUCUCCCUGUGUCACUGUGACAUUAUUCCACAACCAUCAUGUUUCUUAGGUGCCAAACAUGUAUGGAAAUAAGUCUUCAUGUAUUUUGGGGUCAGAGAAAGUAACAGAUACAGAAGGACCUUGCUUGCAAGGAAAUCAUGCAGUUAGUCAUUGGGAGUGGGGUGGGGGUCCUGGGUAUGCCUCAUGACCCUGAGCAUUGGGUGGAAAAAGGCCCAAGAGCCUGAUAGGCAUAGCAAGUGAGUUCCCAGGGCUGGGAGGUUAAGAAGCAGCUUAGUGGAGUUCCCUGUCUUCAAGACAAGCCUGCGGUCCUCCUGGGUGCCUAUUUUUGUACAUUAGAUGCAUCACGCUUUCCUGUGGGCCAGUAUUGUGGAGUGAGUCUGAGUUGUUUACACUGAUGCCUUCCCUGCCCACCACAAAUUGUGUACAUAGUCUCCAGAUAAUACUACCCUUUUCCCCAGCUCCCCAACCAAGAGCUGAGAUAUAGGCCUGUGUUAUGUUAUAUUUAGCUAUUUUAUAUAUGACCUUUGAUUUCUGUUUGUAUUUUAGCACAGUGUGUGCACCUCCAUUUAAAUAUCUGUGUAUGUGUGUAUAUAUACAUAUAUACAUGUAUAUAUGCAUAUAUACAUGUGUGUAUAUGUAUAGUUUAAGUAUGUCAUGAAACCUGGUUUCCUUAUAAUCAUCUGUAGUUUCUCAGAGUUCUGCCAAAGGAGUCCUGCAGCCCAGGAGAAAGACUGCAUCCUUGCUAAUAGUGUUUGCCACAAGUGUUAGUGGGUUUUACCCAUUACCUUUUUACCUUCAGGAGACUGAAUGAAGCAAAGCUUCAAGUGUUUGCUAUUUCCAUGGCAGCUUAAUGAGGGUCUUGGGAUAACUCCCUUUUGUUUCUCAAGCUGCACUUUGAGGUUCUCUCUGCAGUAUUAGCCCCUCUUUUGCCUGGUGAUGCUCUGUCUGCGCUUCUAUGUGUGUGGCAGUCACCUUUGCAUGCUUUUUGUGUCUAGCUUGCAGCAUUUGGGGGAGGAUACUGGAACCUGGAGUGUUUUCAGUUUGUCUGAGGCUUCUUUGCCAAUUACAGGUCAUCCCUUUAAUGUGGUGUGUCUGCUUGCUUCUUUUCCUUGCCUUCUCUUGGGAGAGGGAAGGGCUCUAGCCAGGCCUGGGUUGAGGUGAACUGAGACUGGUUCGUGGCUUUUUCUUCCCCCUGCAUGGCCUUCUUAGAACAGGGUGAGUAGCAUGUAAUUUCACUCAGUUCUCAAACAUUUUUUAAGCAAGCAACACACACACUCUCUGCAGAUCUCAAAGCUGACACUCAACAGAUUGACUUCCUCAAGAGUACAUAGCUGCUUGGGGGUAAAGCAAUCCGUCACUACUUCUGCUCAGCUGCAGGAAUAGAAUGUGAAUUGCUAGCAAUUUUGACUUUUCCUCAAACUUAAAGAGCAAAGAGUGUACUCCUUUCCCAAACGUAGAUUGAGUCUGCAGCUCCCAAGGUGCCUGCCACUCACUGUGUGGUGCUGCCUUCCAGAGCAGAGGGACUUACAGAAACCAAAUGAUCUGAGCUGUUGCUGCCCACCUCUGGCCUUUCAGGGGGGUGUGUUAAAAAUCCCUGGUAUUCGAGAGUGCUUAGAACUGGUUAAUCAGAAAGGCUAUAUACUUAAAUAUCUGCAAGCUGGAUGGCCACUAAGCACCACUCACCCAGCAGCAGCAGGAAAAUGUUUUGUGUUUGAGAUUACUUGUAUGUCCAAAGCGGAGGUACCAUGUCCUUCAGAAACAUGUCUCUGCUUGGCCCCUUUUGUGGGCCCUGUGGCUGCAGAGCUGGCUGGGAAGGAAAGGGAAAAGAUGGGGCUGGAAGCAACAGAGAUGUGGUGUGGAUGAGGCAGAAUAAAGGGAGAAAGGAGAAUAUGGGCCAGAGGGGCUGAGGGCUGGGGCCUGGGUGGAUGGUCUCAGCAGGAACCAGGGGUGACCACGCUCUCUUCAGAGGGAAGGUUACUGCCUUCUUAAAUGUACAGGCCAACGCCACCUAUUUGUAAUGUGACAGUGACAUUGCACUGCUCAAACACCAGCCAGUGGGUUUUUUUUUUUUUUUUUUUUUAACUUUUCCCCAUUGCAAUCAUAAUUAAUGUUUAUUAAGGAAAAUUUGGUAAUUUUUAAAAAGAAUCAGUUUGCCACCCAAAUGCUACCACUGUUAAUCUUUUACUGUUAAAUGUUCCUCUAGACAUUUCUGUGCAUAGGUUUUUGGUGUGUUUACAUAGAUGUUAUACUUCUGUAUAUACAAUUUUAUGUCCCUUUUUGUACUUAACAUAUAAACAUUUUUUCCAUGUUA